AAUGCAACGAUACUCAUGCUUGCCAGGAACAGUGACCUCGAUGAAGCUGUGGAAGCACUAACAUCGUUUGAGACACAAUUCAAUCAUCGAUAUCAUUAUCCAGUUGUCUUCCUUAAUGACGAGCCCUGGACUGAGGAGUUCAUGCACGGGGUUUCGAGCGUCAUUAGUGGGCAGGCCAUCUUUGACACCAUCUCCUCUGAGAUGUGGGGCUAUCCAGAUCAUAUCGACCAAGAUGCCGCUCGGAUACAGAUCAAGGAGCAGGGAGAUCGGGGAAUCGUUCAUGCAGGACAAGAAAGCUACCACCAUAUGUGCCGCUUCUACUCUCUAAAAUUCUACGAUCACCCUGCGAUACAACCAUACAAAUGGUACUGGCGCAUUGAACCUGGUAUCUCAUUCACUUGUCCCAUCAACUUCGAUCCUUUCGCAUACAUGUCACGCGAAAAGAAACGAUACGCCUAUGCGAUUGCACUGCAAGAAGUCGGCUCUACAGUCCGUAGUCUCUACAGAGUCGUCAGCGACUACAAAGACCGCAUGAAAAUAGCCCCUUCUCGAUAUUGGGACGCCUUAGUCGACCCAUCAUGGGCACCUCUUCCGAUUCGCUGGCUGUUGCGUCUAGCACCCUAUCGCGAUGUGUAUGGCGACGAAUGGAAUCUCUGCCACUUCUGGAACAAUUUCGAAAUUGCAGAUUUGGAUUUCUUCCGCGAAGACAGGUAUAGGCAUAUGAUGGAGCAUCUCGACAAGCUUGGAGGCUUUUAUUAUGAGCGUUGGGGGGAUGCUUCUGUGCGGUCUUUCGCAGCGACUUUGUUGUUGAAGGCAGAGGAGAUAAAUUACUUUGGUGAC